AGGAGCUGUGGGCUGGCCCUGCAUAUCACCGGAUCUCCUCCAGCUCCGCUUCUCCGCUGCAGUUAUUGCUCUGUCGGCGUGGAGGACGCACCGGUCCACAUCUCUCGCUCCCUAAAACCGCCUCCCGUUUCCCCGCUGCUGAUAUGAGCGCAGAUCGAGGCUGAAAUCUUCCGCCGAGAGGAGAAAACCUGAGCGCCCGUUUCUAUCUCAGCAAGAAGAAUCGGAGCGGAGGAUGCAGUGAUGCUGUGAGGAAGCCGCGGCUGGAGGAAAGAAGUUCUGCUGAACAGCGAGCCCAGAUGUUGGUCUGCUGAUCUCCGAUCCAGAGGAUAUGGUCCCCGGGGCCCCCAGCACUACGACCGCCACCACCACCACCAUGCUCCCCGCCUCGGAGGCUGCCAAAAUCUACCAGACCAACUACGUCCGCAACUCCCGCGCGAUCGGCGUCCUGUGGGCCAUCUUCACCAUCCUCUUCGCCAUCGUCAACGUGGUUUGCUUCAUCCAGCCCUAUUGGAUCGGGGACGGCGCGGACACCCCGCAGGUGGGCUACUUCGGUCUGUUCCACUACUGCAUCGGGAACGGCAUGUCCCGGGACCUGGUCUGCAAGGGCAGCUUCAUGGAGUUCAACAGCAUCCCCUCCGGCGCCUUCAAGGCUGCGUCCGUCUUCAUCGGCAUGUCCAUGGCGCUGGUGCUCACCUGCAUCACCUGCUUUGCGCUCUUCUUCUUCUGCAGCACCGGAACCGUGUACAAAAUCUGCGGCUGGAUGCAGCUGGCUGCAGGUACCAGCCUGAUUCUGGGCUGCAUGAUCUACCCCGACGGCUGGGACAGCGACGAGGUGAAGCGGAUGUGCGGCGAACAGACGGACAAGUACGCCCUGGGUGCCUGCUCGGUCCGCUGGGCCUACAUCCUGGCCAUCAUGGGCAUCAUGGAUGCUCUCAUCCUCUCCUUCUUGGCUUUUGUGCUUGGAAACCGGCAGGAUAAUCUGAUGUCUGAGGAUCUGCUGGGAGAAAAAAGUGGAAAUAAUGUCAUAUAAAUCCUGGAAAUGAAGGAUUCACACAUAUGGGUCUCAGGAUGUGGCGUUACUGCAGAGUCCAGUUUUAACCCGGUGCUCCCACCAGGGGCUGGGAAGCUCAGCUGAAGAGUUUGGAAUCAUCUGACUAAAGGAGGAGCAGAACAAGAAGAAGUGGCCUGAAAGCAGCCAUAAAAUGCAUCACUGGGAGAAAGGACACCUCGUCUUCUAUGAGAGAUCCCCUCUGUAAAAUACUUUCUAUGCUCACCUGAGACGUUUAUGAUGAUUUUAUCCGUGUCGUCACUUUAACUGAGCUGUUAGCAGGAAUGAGGCUGAGGCUGCUUUCAUAUAGAUGUGUUUAAUAAAAAAAAAAAACAUGGUUGCAGCCGUUGAAACCAUCUAGAACUAGAUCACACAGAAUAGACAGUGAUGAAUUGAAGCUGAAAGAACAGCGCGGUCCUGUUAAUGGUUAAAUAUUUGACAAAAUAAGAUGAAAACUGUUCCUUAUUAAAGCUUUCUUUUUUUUUUUUUUUCAAGUUUGUGG